GCCGGAAUUCGACUUCUAAACGAAGCUCAUUGAUUUGAAGAUCUAAGAUUUAUAGCUCCACGAGGAUGUUGCAACAGCUCACACAUCUGUAGACUCGUAUCCAAUUCAACUUUGAGAAGUAGCUUCUACAGAUAAUAGUUGCAUAAAUAUAUUAUCUGAGGUUGUGUCAAAGAUGGGUGGAAACUAUCCAGUCCAUGUCUUAAAAUUGCCAACUGCAUUUCCUCCAUCGUUGAUAUCCCUACCUGGGAAUUCGUCCAACGGCGUCCCUUAUCUUCCAUGUAGAUCUCAAAAAAGAAUCAACAGAAUAAGAGCUAUGUCAGCUGAUGUAGGGCCUGGAGAAACAUCAUCUACUUCGGAAGCAAAGGAUCCUCUGGCUCCUGUUUUAGACCUUCCUCUUGCUGUUUGGAGGCAAGCACUACGUCCAUUAAGUGAUUUUGGGUUUGGUCGGAGGAGCUUCUGGGAAGGUGGGGUUGGACUGCUUUUAGUAUCAGGUUCAGUUUUACUUGCUCUUUGUUUGGUCUGGUUGAGGGGUUUCCAAAUACGGUCCAAAUUCAGGAAGUACACAGCAGUUUUUGAGUUUGCUCAGGCGUGUGGUAUAUGCACUGGAACACCUGUAAGGAUCAGAGGCGCAACUGUUGGCAAUGUCAUUCGUGUUAAUCCUUCCUUAAAAUGUAUUGAAGCAAUCGCUGAGAUUGAAGAUGACAAAACAAUCAUACCACGAAAUUCGCUGGUUGAAGUUAACCAGUCAGGUCUUCUCAUGGAAACUCUGGUUGACAUUACUCCUCGGGACCCGAUUCCAGCACCUUCUGUUGGACCUCUUCACCCAGAAUGUCCCAAAGAAGGUCUCAUUGUGUGUGAUCGAGAAAGGAUCAAGGGAUACGAAGGAGUUAGUUUGGAUGCAUUGGUUGGGAUAUUCACUCGCCUUGGACGAGAUGUAGAGGAAAUCGGUAUUGCUAAGAGCUAUUCAUUGGCUGAAAGAGUUUCUUCUGUUAUUGAAGAAGCAAAACCCCUUCUUAUAAAGAUCAAAGCCAUGGCUGAUGAUGUUCAACCUUUGUUGGCUGAAGUUCAUGAGACCGGUCUGUUGAAGGAGGUCGAGAAUUUGACCCGAAGCCUUACGCAAGCCUCUGAAGAUUUGAGAAGGGUACAUUCAUCCAUCAUGACCCCUGAGAACACUGAACAUAUUCGCAAGUCUAUUUACACUCUCAUUUUUACCCUGAAGAACAUUGAGAAUAUUAGCUCUGAUAUAUUGGGUUUCACUGGUGACGAGGCUACAAGAAGGAAUUUAAAAUUACUCAUCAAGUCUCUGAGCAGGUUAUUGUAAGGUCCAAAUUAAAUAAAA